UCAACCACCACCCUGGGGAAGACCAAGGAACUUAUAAAGCACGGCCGCGAGAGGAUAGGACAAACCAUCAAGGCGUCCGGCUCCAGGCUCUGCUCGUAUGCUGAGCGAGUUGCCUUUUUAAUGGACCGAUCCAGAAGCCCAGACACCAGUCUCCAGCCCCCAGCACCAAGUGACAAUAUCAACCUUGGACCUUCUGCUAACCCCAAUGCCAAGCCAACAGACUUUGAUUUCCUGAAAGUUAUUGGCAAAGGAAGCUUUGGAAGAGUUCUCCUGGCCAAGCGCAAGUGUGAUGGGACUUUUUAUGCUGUGAAAGUCUUGCAGAAGAAAACCAUCCUAAAGAAAAAGGAGCAAAACCACAUCAUGGCAGAACGCAAUGUGCUCCUGAAAAACGUCAAGCAUCCCUUCCUUGUGGGACUCCAUUACUCCUUCCAGACCUCAGAGAAGCUUUAUUUUGUGCUGGACUAUGUAAAUGGGGGUGAGCUCUUCUUCCACUUGCAAAGAGAGCGCUGCUUCCGUGAACCCCGGGCCCGCUUUUAUGCUGCAGAAGUUGCUAGUGCAAUUGGGUACCUGCAUUCCUUAAAUAUCAUUUACAGGGACUUAAAGCCUGAGAACAUCCUCUUGGAUUGCCAGGGACAUGUGGUACUGACGGACUUUGGACUCUGCAAGGAAGGAAUGGAGCAAGAGGAGACCACGUCUACGUUCUGCGGCACCCCUGAGUACUUGGCUCCUGAGGUGCUAAAGAAGCAGCCAUAUGACAGGACAGUGGACUGGUGGUGCCUUGGAGCUGUCCUCUACGAGAUGCUCUUUGGUCUGCCUCCUUUUUACAGCCGGGAUGUGUCUCAGAUGUAUGACAACAUUCUGCACAAGCCACUCCAGAUCCAAGGAACCAAGACCAUAGCGGCUUGUGACAUCCUCCAGGGACUUCUCCACAAGGACCAGAAGAGGAGGCUGGGUGCCAAGACAGACUUUCUUGAGAUCAAGAACCAUGUAUUCUUCAGCCCAAUAAACUGGGAUGAUCUGUAUCACAAGAGGAUUACCCCUCCUUUCAACCCCAAUGUGGCUGGCCCGGCUGAUCUGCGGCACUUCGAUCCGGAGUUCACCCAGGAAGCCGUCUCCACCUCCAUCACGCACACCCCCGACCUAGCAGCCAGCAGCUCCAGUGCCUCCGAUGCGUUUUUAGGAUUUUCUUAUGCACCCACAGAAGAGGACAUCUAGGUUUUUAUAAAGGCUUUGAGAAGCCAGAUUUUAACUCAAUGGCUUUUAUCCUUUUUGAAAGGAAUUGUACUGUCCUUUGCUCAUGGUUUAAAGAAACUGGGACUAACACACUA